AUGCAUGAAGAGGAAGCUUCAAAGGCUCCAAGAGCCUUGUCUCACAUUCACUCAGCUGUCACAGACCUUGUUUUCACAAGUAUUAUGGCAUGCGAAACAGCCAAGAAAUCAUGGGACAAAUUGAGGGAAAAGUUCAUGGGAAAUGACACCACAAGAAACAUGCAGGUUCUGAAUUUGAGAAGGGAGUUUGAAACUUUAAGAAUGCAGGAGGCUGAGAAAGUGAAAGAAUAUGUUGACAAGCUGAUGAAUAUUGUCAACAAAAUCAGAUUACUUGGAGUGGAGCUGUCAGACAAUAGGAUUGUGGAAAAGGUAAUAGUGAGCCUGCCAGAAAGGUUUGAAGCCAAGAUCUCAUCGUUGGAGGACUCAAAGGACUUGACUCAAAUCACAUUGACUGAGCUGGUCCAUGCUCUGCAGGCACAAGAGCAAAGAAGGCUCCUAAGGCUUGAAGAUGCAAAUGAAGGGGCAAUGUUAGCAACCUAUAAGGGCAAGUCUGUACAAGGGAACUGUAGAAAGUUUGUUGGAGAAAAGAGAGGAAAACAAAGGUCCAACAACCAAUGGAAUAAAGCUGGUGGGAUAAGGAAUUUUCUGACUUGUUCUCAUUGCGAAAUGAAGGGACGUACAGAGCAAAAAUGCUGGUUCAGACCUGGUAUACAGUGUAAGGCCUGCAAACAGUUUGGUCAUAUUGAAAGAGUGUGGAAAAACAAGGGAGAGUAG